UAUGAGACGUUGUGAUGUUAAAGUGAUGUUUGAUCUUUAGGAGACAUCGACAGAGAUGGAGCUUCUUCCUCUUCUGUGUCUCUGCCUCCUGACUCGCUCUGGAAUCACGUCUGCUCAACUAAACAGGCCAGCAGUCAUCACAGUGAAAGAAGGGACUGAUGUAAUGUUACCCUGUUCUCUCAGCACCAAGGAGAACAUUGAGUUUAAACUGUUUGACUGGAGGAAAGUUGCUCAGAAAGAUGAUGGUCUGAAGGAGGUGUUCCUGUAUGAUGGAGGCAGUCAUUACAACAACGGUCUAGAUGGUCAGAGUGAAGAGUUCAAAGGUCGAGUCUCUCAUUUUCAAGAUGAACUGAAACACGGCAACGCCUCCAUAAUCAUCAGAAAUACAAAGAUAUCUGACAGUGGAGAAUACACCUGUUAUUUUCCUCGUCUUCAGCCACCUCAAACAUUCUACAUUGAGCUUGUUGUUGGGUCAGACCCCAAAGUGACCGUGGGACAAGACAGUGAUGUUGUGUUACCCUGUUCUCUCAGCACCAAGGAGAACACUGAGUUUAAACUGUUUGACUGGAGGAAAGUUGCUCAGAAAGAUGAUGGUCUGAAGGAGGUGUUCCUGUAUGAUGGAGGCAGUCAUUACAACAACGGUCGAGGUGGUCAGAGUGAAGAGUUCAAAGGUCGAGUCUCUCAUUUUCAAGAUGAACUGAAACACGGCAACGCCUCCAUAAUCAUCAGAAAUACAAAGAUAUCUGAUAAUGGAGUCUACACCUGUGAUUUUCCUCGUCUUCAGCCACCUCAAAAAUUUUACAUUGAGCUUGUUGUUGUUCCUGUUUUAAAAGACAGAAGAGAUGAAAAUAUCCCAGAUGCAGGUCCAAAACCAUUUGUCACAACACAUAAAGCUAAGGAUGGAGUGCUGCUGCAGUGUGAGGUUCAUGGUACUCCAAAACCUAAAGUAGAGUGGCAGGACAGUGCUGGAAACAUCCUUACUGCUGAGGAGCUCCAGGUCUCAGAAAGAGAAGGCCGUUUCUACAUCACUCUCACCACUACUGUGACAGAGACUGACGACUAUCGCUGUGUAGCGAGACAGGAGACAAUCAACCAUCAGAUUUCUACAUGGAUUUAUGUCAAUGGGUCUCCCAAUGGAUGGAUUGUUGUUGCUGCAGUUCUUGCUGUUGUUGUUAUUGUUCUUCUAACUGCGCUUAUGAUUAUUCUUCUAGCCAAGCAUGAAAAAGGAUCGCGAGUCCCACAAAGGUAA